AUGGACUACGAUGACCCUGAGGCUGCCUCGGUGGCCUCGGUGGCCUCGGUGGCUGAUACUGCCUCCGCUGUCGAUCGCCCCUCUAGCGAUGAUGAUGAUGCUUUGAACACCCAGAAGAGUGAGCCUGUCGAAGGUGUUCUCUCUGGUGUUGGCCCUAGCACCAAUGCUGCUCUCCAGGUUGCUCGUGACAAAGGUUGGACUGACCGCGUUCCCUUCGAAUACGCUGAACUUGUCAACAACAAGGAGCAUCGGGAUUGGGCUGGCAUUGCUACCCGCUAUGAAUGGAAGGAUGAGUAUGGCGAUGUCGGACCUCCCGUCCCCGAAUUGGAGGCGCAGCUUUUCAAUAGCGACGUGAUCUCUCGUGCCGGUGACAAAUUUGACGAGCUGAAUAGCUAUAAGGUGAACAUAGAAAGUCCCAACGAGAUCAAGGCCGUUACCGAGUGGGGAAACUUUGGUUUGCAUCCGGUUAUGCUUGAGAACGUCCGUCUCUGUGGCUAUCGACACCCUACCGCAGUUCAAUCGUAUGCUAUCCCAGCGGUUCUAGCAAACCAUGACUUGAUUUCCGUGGCCCAAACUGGUUCGGGAAAGACGGGAGCUUUUCUUAUCCCCAUUCUGUCUAAGUUGAUGGGAAAGGCGAAAAAGCUGGCUGCUCCUAGGCCAAAUCCCGCUGAUCAUUUCAACCCAAGGGAAAAUGCUGUUCGUGCAGAGCCAUUGGUUCUCAUCGUGUGCCCUACUCGUGAACUGGCUACUCAAAUUUUUGAUGACGCACGUCGUCUUUGCUAUCGCUCCAUGCUUCGUCCCUGCGUUGCUUAUGGCGGUGCUCCUUCCGCUCAUCAACGUGAGGAACUUCAGAAAGGAUGUGAUAUUCUGAUUGCCACUCCUGGUCGCCUGCUCGAUUUCAUGAACCAAACCCACGUCUUGUCUCUCCGUCGCGUUCGCUACACUGUAAUCGAUGAGGCUGACGAGAUGCUGCAAUCUGAUUGGGAGGACGAAUUCAAGAAAAUUAUGUCUGGAGGAGAUAUCAAUGAGGAUGAUGAUCACCGCUACUUGAUGUUUUCCGCUACCUUCAGCAAGGACUUCCGCCAGCUUGCAAAGACAUACCUUGGUGAUGAUCAUGUGCGUCUUCGCGUCGGCCGAGCUGGCAGUUCACACCACAAUGUUGUUCAAGAUAUCAUCUGGGUGGACCAGAACCAGAAGAUGCGUGCUAUUUAUGAUCUUCUCAUAAGCAUGCCGCCUGUCCGCACUCUGAUUUUUGUCAACAAUAAAGAGCAAGUUGACUUCGUGGACGACUAUCUUUACAACUCAGGAAUGCCUAGUACUUCGAUUCAUGGCGGACGCAAUCAGCGUGAGCGUGAGGAUGCUAUGCGUGCCUUCCGGACUGCCAAGUGCCCUAUCCUGAUUGCCACCGGCGUCUCCGCCCGUGGUCUUGAUGUGAUCAAUGUCCUUCAUGUUGUGAACUACGAUCUUCCCAGCGCUAUGCACGGCGGAAUUACCGAAUACAUUCACCGUAUUGGCCGUACCGCUCGCAUUGGCAACGAAGGUAUUGCUACCUCAUUCUACAAUGAACGCAACGAGGAUAUUGCCGAAGAUUUGGUCAAGAACUUGAUCGAAUGCAAGCAGAACAUUCCUCAGUUCCUCGAGAGCUACCGUCCUGAGGGUGACUUGCUAGAAUUCGAUGAUGACUCUGACAAGAGUUUCUUCGAUGCUGGGUCUGAUGCUGAAUCCAACGCCGACUCUGGUUCGGAGUCUGGCGCGGCUGAGUCUGUUGUAGUUGCGUCUGCUGAGGCCGAUGAAAGUGAGAAAUCCGCCGAGAGUGAUGCCGGGUUUGGUCAAGAGGAGUCUGCUGCCGACGAGGAAGAAUCCCCGAUCAAAGAAGAGCCUGACCGCAGUGAGUCCACUGGCAAACCCAAGUCUAAGGAGGAUGACCGGCGUGAUCAGGGGAGUGAUGCCGAACAGACGACCGUGGACGACCGCCAUGAGACAUACGAUGUCGACAAGCCUGAGAAACCUAAGAAGACGACCGGAUUGACCGGUUCCAACUGGGCUCCAGCAUCUGUUGCUUCUAGCGACAAUGAUGCAUUCUGGGGUUAG